AUGGCAACGCCGCCUGCUCGGAACUAUCAGCUGACUGGAUUUACGGCUACGGCUUAUUUCAUCAAGACUUGUUGCUGUGGCUACAUUAGAAUUGCUAUCGAUUCGAAGGUUGUCGUACGACGUGGUCAGCCCAAUCUGGCCAGGUCACUUCACCUCGAUUCCGUAUUUCUUCGCCUCUUUGUGGACAUACAGAACGACAUCAACACACGUCACUACGUCGCUCAGAUCUUUCAGCCCAAAAACAUUCCGCUCGAUUGCCUGGGCGGACAUCCAAUCGCCACGAGAUUCUGGUUUGAAGUGAGGGCUCGCGGGGAUGGACACGGUUGUCAUCCCGUCUCGGGUAUUUCCACUGAGGCAGCACACAAACCAACGCCGUCACCGUCGCUCUCGCCUCCGAGG